AUGGCUGAGAAAUAUGCAGAAGGAGACCCCUUGGCGGAACCAGAAAACACCCAACAUCUUGAUCUAUCUAAAUUAUCACCACAAGAAUUGAAGAUUUAUAAAAUGUAUGGUAAAUUACCAACAACACAACAAAUUUUAAGUUCUAAAUUUCAUGAUAAGAAGUAUUUUGAUAGUGGAGAUUAUGCUAUGCAAAAACAAAAAGGCGGCGCUCUAAAGAAUCUAUCGGGGUUGGGUGGAGGAGUUGGUGAAGGUAUUCCUUCAAGACAUCCGAGUGCUGAAAGAAUGAAGGAAAUGUCAGUGAGAAAUAGUAUAAGUGCUAGCAAUGCUCAGAUAUUUGCCAAUGGUAAAAGUGGACUUUUAAAUGAGAGUACACCGAAACCCAGUGAUGGGUUAAGGAAGGCGAAAGAAGAGAACAGCAAGUAA